AUGAUUCAAAGCCCCAAAUCCACUCCGCAUGUUGUUCACGUGAACACAUCGUGCUGCGAUGGGAAUGGGGAGGGUCGAGAGCUGGAAAGCCUCACACUAGAGAGCGACAGGCUGUGCCUCUUUCUCUGUUCCUCUUCUGCUGAGGCUGUGCUCGCUUCUGCGCGUCUUCCUCCUGCUGCCUCGUUUGUUGUUCUUAUGGCCAAACAAGGCCAAGGGGUCACGCGGCCGUUCCAUUCAGUCAGGAGUUAA